AUGACAAAUACAGAUGAUAUUUUUGAAAGAAUAAUAGAGUCUCUGAAUUCAUCUCGAAACAAUUCUAUUUCGCUACCUUGUAACAAUGAGGAUUAUGUGGCCCCUAUAUUGGAUUACACUUCAGAAGUAUUUAGUAAUCCUAACAUUGAAUACAACCAUAUUCAUUUAGUUUGCUGUGACGGCGAACCACAUGCACAUCCGGCCAAGGUACCAUUGAGACGUUGGUCAAGAUCUCGGUCGAUUGUGAGUAAUUCAUUGAUGAAUUGCAUUAAUGGCCAAACAUCAGCCGGAAAUCAUACAGACUCCAUUCCUUGCAUAGAUGACUCAGAAGGGUGUACUUCGAGGAACAAAAGUACUAGUACGCUAAGCAAUUGCCCCAAGGAGGCCAUAGAUAGAACCGUCCCACCAAUGCAUAAUUCCAAUCAUAAAACUGAUCCAACGACACAAAAUAGCCCCGGUAGUUCGCCAUACCAGGAGAAAUUCAACCGCAAUUCAAGUUCUGGCUCUGGAAUUCGUGAUAACUCGUCCAAUUUAAGUCUGUCUACCAAUGCGUAUAUAGAUUUUUAUUCGUACGCAGACAUGUUAAAUAGCGAAAUUGCCGAGGGAUUCCACAGCGACAGCCAAACGGAUAGAAUUUCAUAUGUUGAAGACCUGAGCUGUGCAGAUAUGUCAUCUCGGUUUUCUACCAUAAGUAUGGACGAUUACGUCAACUGUAUAGUGAGCGAAAGGGGUUCCUAG